GUUUUAGGUACUUACAAGUGGAGAUAGGUCAUGUGAUUUUUGCAUUCAUCGUCUUUGUCUCCCGCUGCUGCUGUUUCUCAACUGUUUGAUCUCCCAAGAUGCAGAACGAAGAGGGUCAGAUCACCGAGCUUUACAUCCCCAGGAAAUGCUCGGCUACUAACAGGUUGAUCACCUCGAAGGAUCACGCCUCUGUCCAGAUCAAUAUAGGUCAUCUGGAUGCAGAUGGCAUCUACACUGGCCAGUUCACCACCUUUGCCCUCUGCGGUUUUGUCCGUGCCCAGGGAGAUGCUGACGGUGCCAUUGACAGGCUAUGGCAGAAGAAGAAGGUCGAAGCCCGACAACAGUGAAGACUCAACGUUCUUUCUUCAUCACCCACUUCUCCAAUGGUGUCAUUUUCUUAAGGGAUAUGAGGAACAAGGUUUUGUCCAAUCAGACUUUUGUUUGAUGCAGGGAGAUGCUUUAUUUAUUUAUUUAUUAUUCCUCUUAAGGAUU